AUGAUGCUGAGCACGGAAGGCAGGGAGGGGUUCGUGGUGAAGGUCAGGGGCCUACCCUGGUCCUGCUCAGCUGAUGAAGUGAUGCGCUUCUUCUCUGAUUGUAAAAUCCAAAAUGGCACAUCAGGUAUUCGUUUCAUCUACACCAGAGAAGGCAGACCAAGUGGUGAAGCAUUUGUCGAACUUGAAUCCGAAGAUGAAGUGAAAUUGGCUUUGAAGAAGGACAGAGAAACCAUGGGACACAGAUAUGUUGAAGUAUUCAAGUCCAACAGUGUUGAAAUGGAUUGGGUGUUGAAGCAUACAGGUCCAAAUAGUCCUGAUACUGCCAACGAUGGCUUCGUCCGGCUUAGAGGACUCCCAUUUGGCUGUAGCAAGGAAGAGAUUGUUCAGUUCUUUUCAGGGUUGGAAAUUGUGCCAAAUGGGAUGACACUGCCGGUGGACUUUCAGGGGAGGAGCACAGGGGAGGCCUUUGUGCAGUUUGCUUCACAGGAGAUAGCUGAAAAGGCCUUAAAGAAACACAAGGAAAGAAUAGGGCACAGGUACAUUGAAAUCUUCAAGAGUAGCAGAGCUGAAGUCCGAACCCACUAUGAUCCCCCUCGAAAGCUCAUGGCUAUGCAGCGGCCAGGUCCCUAUGAUAGGCCAGGGGCUGGCAGAGGGUAUAAUAGCAUUGGCAGAGGGGCUGGGUUUGAAAGGAUGAGACGUGGUGCCUAUGGUGGAGGGUAUGGAGGCUAUGAUGACUAUGGUGGCUAUAAUGAUGGAUAUGGCUUUGGGUCCGAUAGGUUUGGAAGAGACCUCAAUUACUGUUUUUCAGGAAUGUCUGAUCAUAGAUAUGGAGAUGGUGGGUCCAGUUUCCAGAGUACCACAGGGCACUGUGUACACAUGAGGGGAUUACCUUACAGAGCCACUGAGAAUGAUAUUUACAAUUUUUUCUCACCUCUUAACCCCAUGAGAGUGCACAUUGAAAUUGGACCUGAUGGCCGAGUUACUGGUGAGGCAGAUGUUGAAUUUGCUACUCAUGAAGAUGCUGUGGCAGCUAUGGCAAAAGACAAAGCUAAUAUGCAACACAGAUAUGUGGAGCUCUUCUUGAAUUCUACUGCAGGAACGAGUGGGGGUGCUUAUGAUCACAGCUAUGUAGAACUCUUUUUGAAUUCUACAGCAGGGGCAAGUGGUGGUGCUUAUGGUAGUCAAAUGAUGGGAGGGAUGGGCUUAUCCAACCAGUCUAGUUAUGGGGGUCCUACUAGCCAGCAGCUAAGUGGUGGCUAUGGAGGUGGUUAUGGUGGUCAGAGCAGUAUGAGUGGAUACGACCAAGUUCUGCAGGAAAACUCCAGUGACUAUCAGUCAAACCUUGCUUAAGUAAAGAAGGAACACUAAACAGCUGUUACAGAAAUAAAAGCUGUGCAUUUAUGGGAGUUGUAGAAUGGGAGGGAUGUCUAGCCUAUCCAGUGUGAUUGGUAAUUGGGAAAUAUCAUUGAUUCUGAUCACUCUUGGACAACUUUUUCUUUCUUUCUUUCUUUCUUUCUUUCUUUCUCUCUCUCUUUCCUUUUUUUAAAGAAAACAAAAAUUAAGUUUAACAGUUUCGCAUUACAGGCUUGUGAUUCAUGCUUACUGUAAAGUGGAAGUCAAGGUUUUAAAACUUCAAGCUCAGUAAUUUUGAACACUGAAGCAUUCACUUAGGAUGUAAUAACAGCGUUCAGUAUUGACCAUAACUGUUAAAACAACUUUCAGCUUUCCUCAAGUUAGUUAUGUUGUAGGAGUAUACCUAAGCAGUAAGCGUAUUUAGGUUAAAGCAGUUUCACUUAUGUUAAAUGUUGCUCUUAUACCACAAUACACUGAAAACUUUGGAUGCAUGUUGAGAAACAUGCUUUUCUGUAAAACUCAAAUAUAGGAGCUGUGUCUACGAUUCAAAGUGAAAACAUUUGGCAUGUUUGUUAAUUCUAGCUUUUUGGUUUAAUAUGCUGUAAGGCACGUGACUGUACACUUUUUUUUUUUUUUAAGAUCUGGGACAAUUUUGAGAUGUAAUACCAAUACUUUAGGAGUUUGGUCAUGUCGUUUGUAUGAGAUUCUGAGGCUUUGAUUUAAAUCUUUCCUUGUAUUGUGAUUUCCAUUAGAUGUAUUGUACUAAGUGAAACUUGUUAAAUAAAUCUUCCUUUUAAAAACUGGAAAAA